AUGAAUUCAUCGGCAACAGUAUUAGGAAGUCAGCUCAAUCUAAUUCAGACGUAUUUGACUGGUUAUUUUAUGGUACCAGUUUAUAUGUUUGGUAAUUUAGGCAACUUGGCAAAUAUUAUUCUAUUCUUUGAACGUAAUCCUCAGUUAAAUAACAUAUGUGGCUUGUAUUUCAUCGGAUUAUCCUUAGCCAAUUUAUUGAUUAUCGAUAUAGGUGGUUUAACGCGAAGUCUUCCUUUUUUAACUAAUUUCAAUUUGGAAUCUACAUCACUUAUAUUUUGCAAAUGUCGUCUUUAUUUCGUUCAUUUUCCAUUGCUUCUUGGCCGUUAUUUUAUUUGUCUUAUUUCGAUCGAUCGAUGGAUGGUAACAUCAUCGAAUGAAUCCAUCCGGAAAAUGAGUUCUAUCAAAAAUGCUCGAUAUCUCAUUAUAGUCGGAACUUGUAUUUGUGCCAUUUUUAGUAUACAUGCUUCAAUCGGAUUCGAAAUCAAGUUUGAUCGAUGUUAUGCAUAUCUGAAUUCAAGCUAUAGUGUAUUCUUCAGUAUCUACAAUGGAUUGAGUGUUAUAAUACCAAUGGUCAUAAUGAAGAUUUUUAGCAUGCUUAUCAUUGUAAAUAUUCGUCAAAGUCGCCGCCGUAUUCAGGUUAUACCUGAAGUAACAGCUAGUACUCACCAGACAUCCACCAGACAUAUUCAACAAACUAAUAUGAAAUUCAUUCGAUUGGCUUUAAUGCAAAGUCUUUCAUUUGGGUUGUUAAAUAUUUGUUUUGUAGUAUAUGUUAUCUAUGAUUUUGCGAUUAGUGGACAAACAAAAAAUUCUGAUCAACUAGUCAUUAACGGCUUUAUUUAUGGCGUUUCAAUUCAUCCUAUUUAUAUAUUCUCGUCGAUCACAUUUGCAACAUACACAUUAGCAUCAGCUAAGUUUCGCAAAGAGUGCAUUUCUACAAGUCGUCGUCUUUGUACAAAAUUACUACGUCGUUUUAUACAUUAA